AUGUCUGGCAAGGCGGUGCCGUGGGCGGGCUGGGCCGAGUGGGUGCAGUGCCGGUGCUGGCUCUUCUCCGAGACGCUCGACGACCGGCUGCGCGGCCUGGCGCUCGUGGCGGCAUGGCGGCUCAAGAGCAGGCUCGCGAUGGCGAUCGACGCGACCGCCGCGCUCGUCGAGCUGGGCAUUCGGGACCGCGCGCGCGACGACGGAGCGCACGGCGGGGGAGCGGCUCGCGACGCGCACAGCCUGCGCCUCGAGUACGCGAUGACGAUCGUGAGGCUCGUCAACGGCGUCGCUGAUUCGCAACAGCGCGGGAAGGUCGCAAUCUCCGUCGAGGGGCAGGCCGCAGCAGCAGGUCUCCCGCGCGUGCUGGUCGAGCUGCGGCACAUGGCGACGCACAACGAGCUCCCGGGCCUCCCCGUCCUCCGCCUCGCCGCCCAGCACUCGAUGGCGUGGCUGGCCACGCACUACUGGGGCGCGCAGGAGGCGCACUUAGCACGGUCGCACUGCCGCCUGGCCAGCGCGGUCGACGAGCUCUUCCUCUUCCGUCGCGAGCGCGCGCGCCUGCGCCUGCGCGGCCAGCCCGACGACGACGAGGAGACCCCCCCCAGCGCCAAGAAGGCGAAACAGUCCCCCGGGGGAGCGAGGGCGUCGGACCUCACCCGCGGCGAGCGCCAGAAGCACGAGCAGAGCCUCAACGCGGCGCUCAAGGCCGCGGUGCCCCCGCACGGCGCCGGGGUCGGCAGCGACCUGGCGCGCGUCGUGCUGCUGUCGCCGCGGCUGCGCCCCCCGCUGGCGGAGCUGCGGUGCGCGCGCGGCGGGCAGAGCGCGUGCCGCAACAGCGCCGAGGUCGCGACGUUCCGCGCGUCGUGCGUCGAGGCCGAGGGGUGGCGCGAGGCUGCGCGCGCGCUCCUGCGGCAGUGGGAGGCCCUGGCCGCGACGGUGCUGUCCGCGGGCGUCGAGGCGCUGACUGGCGCGGCGGACGGCGCGCAGAUCUUCGCGGACGUCCACCCGUGGGCGCCCGCGGCGGGCCGCGGCGGGGAGGGGGACUCGGAAGCCGCCGGGGAGUCAGGGGGGGGUGUGUGCGACGCCGGGUGCGCGCCGCUGGACCCGCGCGGGAUCGAGGAGGACGCGCAGGCCGCGGUCGAGUGGAUCCGCAUCGCCGCGGAGGCCGUGUCGCAACGGACGGGCCACGCCGCCGCGUCCGCUGUCGACGUCAGCGGGCUCAUCGCGCAGUGCGCGGCGGCGCGCGCGGACGCGGACGCGGCGUCGCCGGCGCACGAGACGUGGGUGCAGUGCCUGGACGACGCGAUCGCGUGCGUGGCGAACCUCGAGGCGGCGAAGCCGAAGCGCGGAGCAGGCGCGCAGCGGGCGCGAGUGCUAGCGAGGCUGGUGGAGCUCGCCGCGCCGCCGCCCGCGGAGGCCGCAGCAACUGGGUGCGCGAAGGAGGGCCUCGCGGAGCUGGCGUCGGCGUACGACGCGGCGGCGGCAGCGCAGCGGGAGCUGUUGGGCGGAGUCAGGGAGACCCCCCUGGGGGGGUGUCCGGAUACAGGCGGCGCGUGGGAGGCCGUGGACGGCUGGCGCCCGUGCCACGUCGGCGAGGUGCCGUGGGCGCGAGGGCGCGGGGCCGCGGGUGCGCCCGCGAGCGAUCAACUGAUCGAUGCUGCUGCCGCGCGAUUGAAGGUGCGACUGCUGGGCGGGGGGAGCGCGGUGGCGGGCCGGACGGGCGGCGGAGCGGCGGAGGCGGCGUUCGCGGACGUCGCGGCAGUCGGGCGGGUUGCGGAGCACGGGAGAUAUGGAAAUCAUGAUUGUGGAGGUGACGGCGGAGAUAGGGCGGUGGAGGCGGAGGGCGGUGAGAGCGGGGCGGCGCAGGCGGUGCCGCUGGGCUUCCUCGGGCUCGCGGCCGGGUCGGAGGAGCUCGCCGCGCUGCAGCAGUCCCUCGGCGUGUUAUAA